GAAAGAACUAAGCAAAGCCAAAGGUCGAUAGUAUUGGUUACCAAAACCAGAAGCCGGUGCCAGAGUCCAGAUUGGUCCAUCUUCUUACACCCUCGUUUGCGCUGCGUGAUCAUCCGCCUUCCCCUCGCUUCGCCUUUUCUCGUUUUACACUACGCUUUGUCACUUGCUUUUUCCCUUUCGCUAUUUUUCCUUUUACCGCUGCCAUUUCACCAUCAUCAAACGACUCGACGACCACCGACAUUCGUUUUCCCCGACGACUCCUCGACUGUCGAGCUGCCCAAACUCUGCCGCUUGCGACGGGCCACUCCAUCAAUCGUUCAGCUUUGACGACACCCGCACCUUCCGUCCGCUCGCUUGGACUGAUUUAAUCGGAGAGGAACACUCGGACAUUACCAAGGAAAUAAACUGAGGGAAGAUCCGCGUACUUGUCUGCUCAGACAAACCCCCCGGACGGCCGGCAAAGGGACCCACGGAAUUUCACACACCCAGCCAAAUCUGCGAUCGUCUCUUUUGCCCUCUCGUCGUCAUCAUCAUCACCAAAAACAACAACGCCAGUAAAAAAAACACAAUAGCGUCUUGUCAGGGACCGAGACGAUUGCAUCCGUUGCACCGUCGUCCCCUCUAUCUUUAAUUUCUUUUCCGAUAUCCGGGCGCCAGCAGCCAUUUGACAUCGGGUGUGACGGUGAGACGAGCGCACGAAUAAGCUUUCGACCAUACGACUACGGGUUCAGGGACAGGAAUCAAUAGGGCCAACAUCGGAUAGAAAGGAACGUGUCAAUUGAACACCAACACACGACCCAAAUCCCACAUUCAUUACUUUGUAAUCGCAUCGAUACGGGCGCAUAUUCGAGGAGGGCAUCGGGUGGAAGGAAUUGAAGGAAGAUCCAGUCGGGCGGACGUAACAUUCCAUCCGCCGACACCCUUUGGGGCGGAGCAAGCCACCACCCGCAGCAGCGCUGUCGCGGAAUCACGACAGCCGACACACCUGAAAGAGAAACUCUUGCGGGAACAAUAACAGAACCAACACCAAACCUCAAAACGACCUCCUCGUCGACAUUUGCACAGACACCACCGAAUAUCCCCUCCAACCGUACAUAAUCUUUCAGGAUGGCUGCGCCAGUAACGACAGUCUUCCCAACCCAAUCGUUGCCUGCAUGCGUAACAGCAUGUGGUCCUCUCUACGAUGUCAACGGAGCCUGCGCAACCGCGACAGCCGCCGCCAAUGUCCUCCAGAACUGCUUCUGUGGUGAUGCACGAUUAGCUCCCUUCAGUACCGGCACGGCCGGCGUGUGCGAUGGUGCUUGUGCGGCUACUCCUACAGAUUUGGCACGCAUUCAGGCAUGGUACACAGGCUACUGCAAGGCCACUGCGACUGGUACAGCAGCAACGUCGACAAGUACUGCUGUCGCCAGCAAGGCUAAAGGCGGCGGAGGCACAUGGGUGGACAACCACUACCAAUGGAUCAUCUUCCUCGUCAUCAUCGUCGUCGCCAUCGUCGGCAUUUGGAUAGGCGCCUGCUUCUGGCGGCGGUCCUACCUUCGCAAGCGGGACCGUCGGUACGCGCUCGACCAAAACCUCGCCCACACCACCGAGUCCGGCCGCGUGGUUCCCAAUGACGGCGUGCAUGUUCCCGGAGCGACCAUGUUCUCCCCGGCCCCCAUCGCUGAGGCCACCGUGUUCGACGAGAAGCCCAAGAAGACGAAGAAGAAGUGGACUGUCAAUGAGAGGACAUGAAUUGACAUAAAGGGCCUUGCUUACGUUCACGUAUAUGGCUGUUGGAACCCGAACGGUUGCUUGACUUUCCUGUCGACACUUGAGAAGGGAAAAAGUAAAAAAAGAACAUGGACAAACACGCCUCCAUCGACGCGGACGCCGUCAUGAUAGAUCUGUCUUUCGCCGCCGCCGCCGCCGCCCGCCGCCACCCCUCCUCACAUUCCCCUCCUUCGAACGGGGUCAAGUUUCGCAUAUUUUGUUUUAGUCACCAACAUCAUCAUCCUUGCUCUCUUUUUGGGUAUCACCGGGGCGGGGUCCAUGUUAUUUCCGUCCAUCCACCUCUGUGGACCUGGACAUUCUUUCCAUCUAGUCGGCGUUGCGGCGUAGUAUUCUUUCGAUAUUUUCAGUCUUCUUAUACACGGGAUGGGGGUGAGGGCGGAGGGCGGAAGAAGGGCAGGCCUUUUAUCAAACUGUAUCAGUAGUACCCACUAUCACCUCUCACACACACAUUGCGGCAUGGGCUAUGGGAUGUGCGAUAUGGACUGUAUACAUACUAUGGGACUGUAGAGAAAGAGAAACAGGAAAAAGGAAGAGAAGAGACAUAGCGGAGAUGGAAGGAAAUGGAGAGAGGAAAAAAAAAAAAGGGACGACAAAGGAUAUCCCCCCCUGCCAAAUCCAUUCCAUUCCAUUACCAAGCAACCCUCCGAAUCAACUGAAGCAACCAGCCAGCCAGCCAGCCAGCCAGCCAGUUGAAAACCCGACUCUUCGAUCCUUGGAAUAUAUCUCUUCAUCAUUAGCAGAUAGACUGGAAGGUUUCCGGUGUUCAGAACGGGGGGAAAAAAAUGAAAAUUGUAAUUUUGUUCGACACUCAUGCUGCUGCAACCGUGUUCUGCUCAUGAGUGCCUGACUAUUGAAAUAUAUAGUAAUUGAGAAGCCCUUUAUCGAG